UGGAGAGACGCACAAAAGAACCUAAAGGCAGGGACUGAGGCACGACGGAACUGACGGAAGAACCGACGAACUGAAGAAGACAGGACUCAGAUACGCCGCCGCCAGACGCACCGCCGGAAGCCGACCCCCAAGCUCCAGUUCCGCAAAUUGGUAGAAAGAUUAGAAUGCAAUCAUUUCAUUCUCGAUGAUUUGGUCCGCAAAUUUCUUAUGUUUAUCCUAGAACACGAAUCUGUUGUUCAAUGAUUUAAGCAUUUCAAAAAUAGGAUUCUAGUUUAGCAGUUUAAACUUACUUUAAAGCUGCAAUUGGAGUGUUAAAGUUAGUAGGUGCGUUAAAUCUGCAAUUUGAGCAAUUGGAGAAUUUCUCUUUCAAGUCUUACUAAAUUGAAGCAAUUGGCAAUUGGAGCAGUUUAAGAGUUAAAAUCUCCAAUUGGAGUGUUAAAUCUGCAAUUGUAGACUUGCAGGUGACCUCCCCAGCCCCCAAAUUGCCUUUUAGUAAUCAAAAUUAUUUUUUGUGACUUUCGGUUUUUUAAAAACUGACCGCAACCAUUCGGUUAUAUCGGUUUGCCCCAAUGUCGGUUGGUUUUGGUCGGUUAUUUCGGUUUUCAUCCGUUCCGCAUAUUACUGCCUUCUGUACAUAUGAUCUAUGAAUGUAUCGACACUCUGUUAUGCUUUCCUUAUUAUUCUUUGUCAAAAUUAUAUACUCGUAGCAGUUAUCAUUUUGGAGUUAUACACUAUAGGAUGGGUUCAAAAUUUUUUGAGGUUUGCAAAAAUUAAAAUUAGGUUAUCUCUAUUCUCUAGGUCUUCAGAAAUAUAUUUUACCGCACUUAUAUUAGUUUGCGAUGAUGUUAAUUGUUAAACUCUCGUAAGUCACUCUGAUGCUCUUUUCAUUUAGAUACUGGCCUUUUUCUAAAAAGUCCAUUUUUAAAAGGGAAUGCUAAAUUUUGGAUUCACUUUUAUCUUUUGUCUCUCAGUAUUGGCCACAUAACGUUUGAUCUAAGCUACUGGUCUGCUCUUAGACACGUACAAGGUAAAUAAAUUAGAUGGCUGAGGAUGCUAUACUAGGUUUUCUGGAGAAAAACGAAGAGAUAUUGGACUCUGGCAAGUUCUCUCAGGAAAAAGGAAUCAGUCAUGACGAGAUAGUCAAUGCUAUCAAAAGCCUCAAUGGAUUUGGAUUUGUCAUUGCACAGGAUAUCAAGAGAGAGAAAUGGGUGCUUACUGAAGAGGGAAGAAUAUAUGCUGCUGCUGGGUCACCUGAAGUGCAACUUCUUUCGGCUAUACCCUUGGAGGGUAUAACGCAAGAAGAGUUGCAGAAAAAAAUGGACCCUGCAACAUAUAAAGUCGGUUGGCCACAGGCGAUGAAGAACAAGUGGGUGGAAAAGGGAAAGACCCAUGUGUCAAGGAAGGUACAAGAUGUUACUGACACCGUCAAGGGUUUUCUUAUGCAAAUUCAGAAUGAUGAGACUCUAGAUCCAAAAGAUAUUGAUGCUCUUAAACGAAGAAAACUGAUUGUCUUACAGACUUGGAAAGGCUACUCGGCAAGGAAGGGUCCUAAAUAUGCUCCCAAAAGGAUAAAAGAAGCUACUGACCUCACUCGGGAGAACCUACAUAGUGGUGAUUGGAAGAAUCUAAAGGAGUACAACUUCAGUGCAAAAGGCCAGCCAGUUGAAGGGGGCCAUCUUCAUCCAUUGCUGAAGGUGCGGCGCCAAAUUCAGAUGAUAUUUCUUCAUAUGGGGUUUGAGGAGAUGCAAACAAACAAUUAUGUUGAGAGCAGCUUUUGGAAUUUUGAUGCCCUUUUCCAACCGCAACAACACCCUGCUCGUGAUUCACACGACACUUUCUUUCUGAAAGUGCCUUCCACUACAAGGGAGCUCCCUGAAGAUUAUGUUGAACUAGUUAAGAAUGUUCAUGAAUCUGGUGGCUAUGGAUCUCGUGGAUAUGGAUAUGAAUGGAAAAGAGACGAAGCAAACAAGAAUCUAUUACGGACACAUACUACUGCUGUGUCAUCGAGAAUGCUGUAUAAGCUGGCACAGAACAAACCGUUUGCUCCCAAGAAAUACUAUUCAAUUGAUCGUGUAUUCAGAAAUGAAGCUGUUGACCGCACACAUCUUGCUGAGUUCCAUCAGAUAGAAGGUUUAGUAUGUGAUCGUGGUCUCAGUCUUGGUGACUUGCUCGGGGUUCUUAAUGAUUUCUUCUCCCGCCUAGGAAUGUCCAAGCUUCGGUUCAAACCUGCUUAUAAUCCAUAUACUGAACCCAGCAUGGAAAUAUUCAGUUACCAUGAAGGGUUCAAGAAAUGGGUGGAAGUUGGAAAUUCUGGCAUGUUUAGGCCCGAAAUGCUGCGUCCCAUGGGGCUUCCAGAUGAUGUCCGGGUUAUUGCUUGGGGCCUUUCCCUUGAAAGGCCAACCAUGAUACUUUAUGGCAUUGACAACAUUAGAGAACUCUUUGGCCAUAAGGUGGAUCUUAGUCUCAUCAAGAAAAAUCCAAUAUGCCGUCUCGGACUCGAGUAAAUGGCUCUCAUCUGUCUCACCACAGUUGAAUCUGUUCUCACUUGUUUGAUGGAGUAGUAGAUUGAGAGAGUAGGAUAGAAUAUAAAUCUUCUCAUAUAUUUCAUAUAUCUAUUUCUAGAAUUUCUCUCAAAAAAACUAGUUUCAUUGCUGCUCAGUCCUUGCAGAUUGAUUUUGAUCAGUGACUUGCUUACAUUGGAUAUAACCAUUAUUUGAAUAUGAUCAUUUUUCUCAGUGAAUUUAAUUAAACUAUUUUAUCCUG